AUGCCCCCUCGGCAGUCGGCUGCCACUGAAUACUACAAUCUUGGCAGCUAUCAACGGCCUAUUAGCACCACCAGCCCGGAUGCCCAGGCAUGGUUCAAUCGCGGCCUUAUCUGGGCCUACGCGUUCAACCACCAGGAGUCAGCGCGGUGUUUCGAACAAUCUAUUUUGUUUGACCCAGCAUGUGCCAUGGGGUAUUGGGGUCUUGCAUUCGCGCUGGGGCCAAAUUACAACAAACCAUGGAAACUGUUCGAUGGAGAAGAUCUUUCGAUAACGACGACGAGGGCUCAUGGUGCGGCGAUGGAAGCCAACAGACUCGCAGCCAGGGCAAGCCCUGUAGAGAGAGCGAUUAUCGAGGCAUUGCAGUAUCGAUAUCCCCAGGAGCAACCUGUUGAUGAUUGUACUGAUUGGAAUUUCCGAUAUGCCGAGGCCAUGAGCUCAGUGUAUCGAUUUUUCCCGGACGACUUGGACGUUGUCACUCUGUAUGUUGACUCAAUGAUGAACUUGACGCCGUGGAGUAUGUGGGACUUGUCUACGGGACAGCCUACGCCUGGUGCGCGAACACUCGAGGCGAAGCAAGCGUUGGACCGCGCCCUGACCCAGGAAAGCACGCUUCAGCAUCCGGGCGUUUUGCAUCUGUAUAUUCACCUUAUGGAGAUGUCUCCGACUCCUGAGAUUGCUCUUCCAGUAGCAGAUAAUCUUCGAGGCCUUGUUCCGGAUGCAGGUCAUCUCGAGCAUAUGCCGACUCAUCUGGACGUCCUAUGUGGUGACUACCGUCGAGCAGUCGCUUCAAACACCUCGGCCAUUCGGGCAGACGAGAAGUUCCUCGCCAAUCAGGAACUAGGUCAUUUCUAUAACCUCUACCGAUGUCAUGAUUACCAUUUCCGAAUGUAUGCUGCGAUGCUGGCAGGCCAGUCCAAAAUUGCUCUCGACACUGCUAACGUGCUGGCGGAGUCACUCACCGAAGAUCUUCUGCGGGUUGAAUCGCCACCCUUGGCAGAUUGGCUAGAGGGAUUCGUCGCUACACGGGUACAUGCAUUUAUUCGAUUUGGCCAAUGGGAGCCCAUUCUUGCUCUGGAUCUUCCUGCGGAUACGAGCCUCUACAGCGUCACCACCGCGAUGAUACAUUAUGGAAGGGGCGUGGCUUUUGCAGCCACUGGCCGCGUUCAUGAAGCCCAACAUGAGCAGGAGCUGUUCCGAUAUGCCGUGAGGCGAGUUCCUCUAUCUCGGACUAUAUUUAAUAACACUUGUGUCGAUAUCCUUGCGGUAGCAGAGCCGAUGUUACACGGCGAAAUUGCUUAUCGCUGUGGGGAUUACGAUACUGCCUUUGCCAGUCUCCGACUUGCAGUUGAGAAAGACGAUAACCUCCCCUACGAUGAGCCCUGGGGCUGGAUGCAGCCUGCUAGACAUGCCUUGGGGGCAUUGCUGCUCGAACAGGGGCGAGUCGAAGAGGCCAUGGACGUCUACACUGCCGAUCUCGGAAUCGACCAGUCACUACCUCGCGCAUUAACCCACCCAAAUAAUAUAUGGGCUCUUCAUGGCUACUAUGAGUGUCUCAUGAAAACGGGAAGACAUGCCGAGGCACGCAUUAUUCGACCGCAGCUACAAUUGGCUAUGGCUAUGGCCGAUGUACCCAUUCGAUCAUCGUGCUUCUGUCGGUUGAAUACGGCAACCUAA